AUGAAGACCAAUUUCAAGUUCUCCAACCUUCUGGGGACGGUCUAUCGCAAAGGAAAUCUUCUCUUCACCCCCGAUGGCACUACUCUGCUGUCGCCAGUCGGCAAUCAGGUCUCGGUCUUUGACCUGGUCCACAAUACAUCCUACACCCUCCCGUUCGCGCAUCGCACCAAUAUCGACCGUCUAGAUCUUACUCCGCAAGGCAGCCUUCUGCUCACCAUUGACGAAAAUGGCCGCGCCAUCUUGACCAACUUCCGUCGCCGAAUUGUCAUCCAUCAUUUCUCCUUCAAAGGCCGUGUCUCCGCCCUCAAGUUCUCACCCUCCGGCCGACACUUCGCCGUAGCAAUCGGGCGACGAUUGCAAAUCUGGCAUACUCCGUCGUCGCCCGGUGCCGACAACAAUGGCGAGAUUGAGUUCGCGCCGUUCAUCUUGCACCGUGAACUUACCAGCCAUUUUGACGACAUCCAAAACAUCGAGUGGUCUAGCGACUCGCGCUUCUUGUUGACGGCCUCCCGGGAUUUGACGGCGCGAGUAUGGAGUAUGGAUCCGGAGGAGGGGUUCGAGCCCACUACGCUAUCGGGCCACCGUCAGGGUGUUAAGGCGGCAUACUUCUCGGCGGACCAAGAAGCGAUCUACACGGUCAGUCAAGACGGUGCGCUCUUCAGAUGGGAGUACGUUACGAAAAAAGACCCGGACACGAUGGAGGAUAUUGCCGAAGCCCGCUGGAGGAUUGUCAGGAAAGACUUCUUCAACCAGAACGACGCCAAGGUCAACUGCUCUGCCUUCCAUGCGCCCACGAAUCUUCUGAUCGUCGGUUUCUCCAACGGAUUGUUCGGACUCUACGAUUUGCCGGAAUUCAACAUGAUCCAUCAACUCAGUGUAUCUCAAAGCAACAUCGAUUACGUGACGGUCAACAAAUCGGGCGAAUGGCUUGCAUUCGGCUCCUCCAAGCACGGCCAAUUGCUCGUGUGGGAGUGGCAAUCGGAAUCGUACAUUUUGAAGCAGCAGGGUCAUCUGGAUUCCAUGAACGCACUUGUCUAUUCUCCCGAUGGUCAGAAGGUCGUGACCUCCAGCGAUGAUGGCAAGGUCAAAGUUUGGGACGUCAAAUCCGGGUUCUGCAUCGUGACGUUUACCGAGCACUCCAGCGCCGUGAGUGCCUGCCAAUUUGCCAAGAAGGGAAGUGUCCUCUUCACUGCAUCGCUGGACGGCUCCGUGAGGGCAUGGGAUCUCAUCCGGUACCGCAAUUUCCGAACCUUUACAGCGCCAUCUCGGCUGUCCUUUUCCUCGCUGGCCGUCGACCCCAGCGGCGAGGUGAUCUGCGCAGGCUCUCCCGACUCAUUCGAUAUCCAUGUGUGGUCUGUGCAGACAGGACAGUUGCUCGACCAGCUGUCCGGCCACGAAGGGCCCGUGUCCGCUCUGGCAUUCGCCUCCGACGGCAACCAUCUGGUUAGCGGUAGCUGGGACCAUACCGUUCGUCUUUGGAGUAUCUUCGGUAGAUCCCAGACUAGCGAGCCCUUGCAGCUCAUGUCGGACGUCCUGAGUGUGGCCUUCCGACCCGAUGGAAAGCAGGUUGCCGCCUCGACCCUCGAUGGCCAGCUGACCUUCUGGUCGGUUGCUGAUGCCGUGCAAGAAGGAAAUGUCGAUGGACGCCGAGACAUCUCCGGAGGGCGCAAGAUGAAGGACCGCCAGACGGCCGCAAACUCUGCCGGAAACAAGUCUUUCAACUGCAUCACCUACAGUGCGGAUGGCAGCUGCAUCUUGGCCGCCGGCAAUAGCAAGUAUAUCUGUCUGUAUGACGUGACGACAGGGUCCAUGGUGAAGAAAUAUACCGUCUCCUCCAACACCUCGCUUGACGGCACCCAGGAGAUCCUCAACAGCCGCGACAUGACCGAAGCAGGCGCGCGAGGUCUCCUCGACGAGACCGGCGAAGCAUCCGACCACGAGACUCGCGUUGACCGCAGCCUGCCCGGCGCCAAACGUGGCGAUGCCGGCGCUCGAACUACACGGCCUGAAGUGCGUGUCACGUCGGUCGACUUCUCUCCUGCCGGACGCGCAUUCUGUGCGGCUUCCACCGAGGGACUGCUCAUCUAUAGCCUGGACACGGAUUUUGUCUUCGAUCCCUUCGACCUCGACAUCGACAUCACCCCGGCCAACAUCCUGGCCACGCUGGAGGGCGCCAAGCAGGCGCGCGCGACGAAUACGGUGGACGACGACAAUACUUUCUUGAAGGCAUUGAUCAUGGCCUUCCGGCUGAACGAGGCCAAGCUUAUCCGCGUGGUCCACGAAGGGAUUCCUCCCGCCGACGUUGCCCUUGUCGUCCGCGCCGUGCCCACGGUCUAUCUCCCGCGUCUCCUUCGGUAUGUAGCCCACGCUGCCGAAGAAACUCCGCACCUGGAAUUCAAUCUGGUAUGGAUUGAAUCUCUCCUGAGCAGCCAUGGACGCUACUUCAAAGACAACUCGGGCACCUUCGCGUCGGAACUCCGUGCGGUGCAGCGGGCCCUAGAUGAUAUCCGGGAGAACCUAAAGCGGCUGGCGGAGAAAAACGUUUACGAUCUCAACUAUCUCCUGUCGACGCCGGUGGUCGCCAACAAGAAGCAAAAGACGGCGGCAGACAUGAUGGCCCUCGAGAAUGACGAGGUCGUCACUGCUGCCGAGGACACGACGGCAGAAGACGGGGAAGCCGAUUGGAUUGGGCUGGAAUGA